CAAAACGGACACUUACGUGUCACUCGGGCUAACGUGUUUCCGACAUGAACUUACUCGCAAUUAUGACUCGAAACAUGCGUUAAACGUCCAUGGAUCCGGAGCGCGGAGCAUGCUGUAUACAUGAUAUCAUGUACAGGGCCCGGGCCAACUUUAGGACUUUAGCGCCACUCCAGCGCUUUAGUACACAAACCAUCAGCUCCACAUAACCUCCAUGUGCCUCCACAGUCAACUACAAGAACUCCAACUGAUCCAGCACUCUCUCCUACCCGGUGAAUCAUUCUCCUUCGCCCUCCCUCCAGAAGAUUCCAGAAUAUGGACGUCGCUACUACACUCAUUCAACACUGCCAGUCUCCCACCUCUGCCCGACCCUGUUGUUUCACUAGCGAGGUUUCAAGUAAGCGCUACGGACACGCGGAUCUCAUUCGAGGUGCAGUUUCCAGAACGAUACCCGCAGGACUCAGCUGUAGACGCCGCACAAGCUCCCUUGGUAUCUGUUAACGGAGAGGGAAUAUCCAGAGAGGAACAUCACCGAUGGCGAGCCUUUGUUCAAGAGAAAUUGAUUGAGGUGCAAGGAAAUGAUUAUCCGAUCUAUGAGCUGUUAUGCAUGCACUUGCUUCCCAAAUUACAUGAAGACGGACAUGCAGAACCGUCGUCAGGGAGUAUGGACUUCCUAGAGCAACAGAACAUCAAGCGUUCCCUAGAGAUAAGACAUUACCACGCACUCCUGACAUCUCAUCACCUCGUGUCUCCAACAAAACGACGAUCACUACAGCGAUGGUCCUCUGAGCUUUCAAUAUCCGGCUUUGCCAAAGUCGGCUACCCAGGCGUCAUUUAUGCCCAAGGCGCACAGGAAAAUGUCGAAGAAUUCGUUGCCAACAUCAAAUCUAUGCAAUGGCUGGCUCUAAGAGUGCGAUUUGUGGAACCUAUAGAUCUCGCCAACGACGAGCAUCGCCAGGGUUGGACUGAGUUCCAGAAGGUUGGAGAAGUCGUGGAAGAAAUGAGGAGACGCGGUAGAGAUAAAUAUAUCACAGAGAUGGGUAUUGGAAGCUCAGUUUUGAAAUGAAUCUGCACGAGCGAGAGGCAUGUAGUCCUGAUUCAGCAGGAUGCACAAAUUACUGAGGGAAUACAUAUGAAUAGGUCAAGAUCAUCGGUCAGUCCUCAUUCAGAGCUGAUACAUUUAAAUUCAAUCGUAUGCGCGACUGCCGUUACAGCAUCCUCGUUCAUGGAAAUGCAACAGUGCAGCAUACGGCGGGUGAUGGAGCUAGGGCAAAAGGAUAAGCAACGCUAAGUUGUAUUUACCUAGGACAAAGU